AUGAGCUCCGGACCAGCUGUUAGAAAUGUCCUUGGCCGUUUAAAAAGGGCUGGACAGUCGGUAGGAUCUCUUCCUGCUCUUUCAGACGGGAUAAUUGCUGGUGGGCACACUGGUGCCGCCCAAAAUAUGGACGCGGGAAAGUACUCCAGAUCGAAUAUCUUGGACUUCAAAUCGUACAAUCCAAGCUUAACUAAAUCAGAUUUUUCAGGACUGCUACCCCAGUCUAGGUACUCUGCUGCUGGAAUAGCUGAGAGCGCUAGGGAUUUUGAUGUGCUGAAGGUCCGAGACCCCAGGUAUUUCCAGUUCAAGGACAAAUAUCAGCUUAUCUUCGCCAACCAUAAAAGUAUGCGCGAAUUCUCCCGAAACGUGGCGUACAGUCGAAUUGAGGGCGCUAAGGCUGUUUUCACUCCCAACAGCUUGCGUCAUCCGGAAACUCGGUACGCAAAAUACGUCAGCAAUCUCGAGGCAGCAUUUGAAUCCAGCAGUCGGUACUUUGAGCUUUUAAGGUCGGAAGAUGAGAAAUCCAAGGUCCUGAAGACCUCUCUGGAAAUUUCUCUAGAGACUCUGCGGCAAGCAGCACAACCUAUGGAGGCCAAAUCGUUGUUGGUUUGGAAUUUUCCUGCAGAUAUGCCGCCAUACGUGAUCGUUGAUCGAUUUUGGCUUUAUGAUAUCAAGCACUGUUUCAAACUUUAUUGGGACGCAGCGACAGGAAGGACCCUGACGUUCAUGGCCUUCAACACAGAGGAAGACUGUGUCAAAUUUAGCCGCAAUUUUCAUGGCGUUUUUUCCGUGAAAACGACGAUUGUAAGCUCCUGGUAG